ACUACCUUUGUCUUCAUCAAGUUGUCAAAGCAACCGCUUGGCUUUCCGCGAAUCCUCGCUUGUCAAACGAUUGCUGCAAAGAAUUCUACACAAGGCGAACCGGCUCACCAGAAUCAAUAACCAGAGAUGGCAGCAGAUCGCGAUGGCAGUUAAACCUUAACGCUUGUAUUUCGCGCGCAUUUUAGUCCCGCCAUGCCCGCACCUUUCGCUGCUCUCGCUGCCCUUUCUGGGCGACGGCGGCUUCUCAAUCUCAUAGAGACUGUACCGGAGCAACCCGAGGAGGACAAGGAGCAGCAACCCAAGGAGGAGACAAAUUGGAAGUCGAUCGCACAACAAGGCGCGCAGCCAGAAGCCCUCUCCGAGCCAGCGCCCUGCGCGCUGGGACCAUCACAGCUGCGUGCAGUAACCACGCUUCGCCGCCACCACCCAACUGCACUCGCGCCCGUGCUAGACGCUGCAAGCCGUGCGAAACACACCUCAGCUCUCGUGCGCGCCGCUGAGGCCUCCGCAGGCUCCGCCGCUGCCUCCUCUUCCAGCGGAGGGGGCGCUGGGCCGGCGCCAUCAGGGUCGGGCGCUGCUUCUCAGCCAGUGGCAGGCCUUAGCAGCCGCCCCCCAGCCGUCGCACAGCGGCUGCCAUGGGCGCACCUGCGCGCCCGCGAGCAGGAGGAGGCGGCGUCCACAGCGAAGCUGGUGGAGCCUACCCACGCUAAGGACUACAUCACCGACAUACUGAAGCAUUUUCCGGACAUCCUCAACGACGGCACGUAUCAGGGCACCACCACCGCCGCCAGCACCCCCAGCGCCCUGGCAGGCUACCCUCUCCCGCACAUGCCCACGCUCCGCCCCGCCGGCGCCAUCCCCACCUCGGGUUCCGAGUUCGGCAAGGCUGCGGCCGCCAUGGCGGCGCAAGCCGCUUCAAGCCAGCAGCAGCUUCUGGCAGCGGCCGCGGCCCGCAGCGGCGGCGGCAACGCCAUGUCUCACCCGGGGCUGCUCAGGUGGCGGGGUGGGGAGGCUGGGCUUGGGCUGGGUGAGGCGGACUUUCCUGGAUUCAGCACCGCCGAGCACGGCAAGAGCCGCCCUGGGGACAAGCACAGGAUCUGGGGCAGCGGCCGUGACCUGUUCGCAGUGGCUAGCGACGCGGACUCGGACGACUCGGACAAAACUGUGGACUACGGGCAGCGGAAGCAGUGGGAGCGUCUCGAGGCUGGGCCGGAUGCGGAUCCAUUUGAAGCGGGCCUGGGUUUGAAUCUGGAUACAAAAUGGGAUCCGGAUUUUGAUAUAGAGCAGGGGCAGGGGCUGGGCCGGGUGCCUGGGGGUCGUCCGGGCACUGGCGCUGUGCCCAGCUGGCGGACCUACGGCGCCGCCCCCAUCGGCGGCGACGAGCGGCAGCAGCCAUGGGCGGCGGCAGCGGUUGAGCGGCUGGAGCGGCGGGCGCAGGAGGGACUGAGCGGGCCGGUGGCGGCCCUGGUGCCACAUGCGCAGCGCGUACGGCGUCGGCUGCUUGGCGGCACCAUCGAUGCCGGCGGCGAGCCUGCGGGGACAGCGGCAGGGGCGGCAGCAGCGGCGGGGGCAGCAGCAGCGGAGGCGGGUGGGUUGGAGAUUGAGGACGAUCCCUACGGACAGCAGGCGGCGGUGCACCUUGCCCAGGCCCGGGCGGACAUGGCGGCUAGGGAAGCGCUGGCGGGUUGCAGCGCGCGGGCGUCACAACAGCAGGCGUACGUGCAGGGCCGAGCGGCGGCUCUGCGGGAUGCACAGGCGAGCCGCGCGGCGGCGGACGCCCGCCGUGCAACGGACGCGAUGAAGGGGCGCUGCGGCCUGUCCGCGGCCGCUUACUUUGAUUAUAUCUGUAUCAGCAGCAACGCAGCGCUCGCCAGUGGUCAUAACAGUUCACUUUUUGGACAACUCGGGAUGAACCUGACAUCUCACGCGGCCGGGCUGCUGAUGACAGCUAAGGCUGGGCUGAACAGCCUUUGCGAGGGCGUUGUGAGCUCGGCUGACCCAGAUGACGCCCGCCGGAAUCCAAAGCAGCGGGCGGCUACAUGGUGGUUGGAGCAGCACUUGCAGCACUUGAAGCUGUGGUUGGACCUCCUGGCCUUCGCAAAGUCGGACGCCGAGGCAGAGGCCACUGCUGGAUGGGCGGCCCCAGGCGAUACCGGCGAGGCAGCGGCAGUGCAAGAGGUGCUAGCAGCCGCAACUCUGGGCCUGGAGUUUCUAGUUGACAGUCAAGCGGCGGUCGCGCAAGAAGGCAGCUACUGGCAGGCCGGCUGCUUGCCUGUAGAUGCGGGCCUGGGCGGUGACGGCGGAGAGGACGGCUUCGGAGGCUAUGGCGGCGGCGGCGGCAAGAGUGGCAGCGGGCAGGGUCUCGGCGCGCGGGGCGUGCUGGGUGUGCCGCACCCGCUGGCGUGCGCAUUCCUGCCGUUGUUGCUGCUAGCGAUGCAGGAGGCAGCUAACGAGGACUUUCAACCCGAGGCGAGGACGCUGCUUUUUGGCGGCCUAUCUCCCGUGCCCCUCUACUACCUGCUCGCGUACGGCCCUACAUCGGCGGCGGCGCUGUCCGUACCGCCGCCCAGCUCCGUCGGAGACGCCGCCAUGGCGGCGCCGCUGCAGGUGCCGCGGCGGUACACGGAGCCGCACCUGGCGUUCUUGGCUGCCGUACUGCGGGAGCCGCAGCACGUGCGGCCGUACGCUCUGGCGCUGACCCGGCUGCGGAUUGUCGUACAGCGGCGUGGCAACCCGGCGCCACUGGCUGAGGAGGCGCUGUGCCUGUUCCUGGGCGCAGACGCAGCUGGCAGUAGCGGCAGCAAUGGCAGCAGCGGCAACGGUGACUACGGCUGUAUCAAUAGCGCCGGGGACGCGCGGCCUUGCCGCCCUACCCGGCGCGUGCUCGAUCUGGGGGCCGGGCAGCCCAAACCCAAGCCACUGCUGGGCUCGGGGCAUCGGGACCAGCUGCCAGACCUGCCGCUUGCGGCCGGCGUUCCCACGCCCGCGCUGCUCCCCGACCAGCCCGGUGCGCCCUCGAUGAGUGUGGUGCUCCCCAUGCGUGCGCACCAGCCGCGCAUGCUGCUGGACUGCGUGUGGGGCGCGCGUGUCAGCCGCCUGCCCACCGGCGGGCCGCGAGAAGCUCUGCCGGCCAUCCGCCGCAUACUGUACGGCCCGGAGCCUUCAGCCGACGCCGUGUCCAGCGUGGCUCCCAGCGCCACGCUGCCGGGCCCCAGCUGGGUCGAGCCAAUGCAGCAGUUGAAUCUGCUGGAUCUGGAUCCACAGCCGUCGCCGUCGACCCGCGAGUCCGCCAGCAUGUGUGCGGCGCUGCAGCUGGCGGUGCAGGUGCACCAGGGCUUCAGCUCCGGUGAAAUGGCGUGGCCCAAGCGCGACCGCAGCGGCGAAGAGCUCGAUGAGCUGCUGGGCUCGACUCGGGCGCCGCGGGAGGCGAGGGCGGAGGCGGCGAUCAGGCUCACGGAGGCAGUAGUGCGGAGGGUGGUGGGCGCGCCGCGUGCGGAGGCGGUGGCGGCUACUUACAGCGGCUGGGUGGCGUCGGGCGCGUCACCGGAGCAGCGGCUCGCGUGCGAGCGCGUAUUGGCGCGGUCCCUACUGCCUCCGGCGGCGCCGGCCGCCACCGCAGCCGCUGUGGCCACUCCUGCCCUGCCGGGCGGCGGCGGCGGCAGCGGCAGCGGCGGCGGCGCCGGUGCAAACCACCUGGCGGGGUUCAACGGCGUGUUGGGCCAGCUGCGCCCGUCGCUGCUCGGUGCGCUGCCGGGGAGCUGGGGCUCGCUGGCGAAGCAGGCGGCGCUCAUGGCGGCCGGCCCGCCUCCCUCGCUGCAAAGCAUGCUCGGCGCGUUGAUGGAUCUGGCAGGCGCGGCGGGAGGUGGCUUGGAUACCGACAAGCUGGUGGAGCUCCUUGCCGGGGGCAUGGACAAGAAGGGGCAGUAUGAGCAGCUGAACGAGGUGGCUGGUCUGGCGCUGCUGGGUCUGGUGGCGCUCAUGCCGCUGGUGUCUGGUCUGCCGGACAGCUGCCUGAAGCUGACGGCUGUGGUGGCGUCGGGCGCGGAGGUGAAGCUGCGCGGCGCUACCGCCCUGCACGCCUUCAUCACAGGCACGGGCUACGGCGUGUCGGACUGGCUGCACCGCAUUGACGGCCUGCCGGCCCUCGCCCACGCCGCCCUCACCGCCUUCUCGCUCUUCGCCUUCGUGCCUUCGCCGCUGCUGCUGCCUCCCGAGCCCGAAAUCAUGGGCCCCUUCUGCAGCCCCGGUUGCCAGAACCCGGUGGCUCCGCCCAUGCCGGCUUCGGCACCGGUAGCAGGGCCGCUGCAGCCGCCGGCCUCCAGUAACCCUGCGGUCCAAGAGCGGCUGGCGGCGGCGGCGGAGCAGCUGUACGCCAUGUGGUGCACGGCGCCAGAGGUGGCGGUGGCGCUGGCGGAGUGCGGCCGUCUCGCACAGGAGGAGAGAGUGACGGCUGCAGAGAGCGGCGACGCGGCUGCGGGCGGCGGCGUUGCGAUCAACAGCAGCGUCACCGUCGGCGGCGGCGGUGGCAGUGCAGGCCGCAGCAUCACAGUAGCGCGUCAGGCGGUGGCUUUUGCGGCAAUCCGCUGGCUGACACGCGGGCAGAACAUAUUGUAUGACGACCACAACGACGAUGAAGAGUAUGACAUGGAUGACUUCGAGAGUGACUCGGACGACGACGACGAUGAUGACGACGUCUUCUCAGCGGCUCGCGCCGUCGGAGCGGCUGGAGCAGAGGCGUGGAAGGAGGCGGCGCAGCAGGGGCAGGCCAACGCAUUGAUGGAGCGCAUGUGGGGUGUUGGCGGCGCCGGAGGCGGUGGUGCAGAUGACGGCACCACCAGCGGCGCCAGCAUCAGCUGGCUGCAGCACCCCUUGAUCCCGCCGCCACCGCCACUGCCGCCGCCGCUGCCGCCGCCGCCGCCGCGUCCUAUGAGCCGGCAGCUCCAGCCUCAGCCCGGCCUGAGGCGGGGGCUGUGGACGGCCUCCACCUCCGUGCCGGACCUGGUCGACCAAGUGCUGCUGCCCAUCGUGGCCCUGAGCCCCUUCGCCACCGAUUGCUACAGGCUGGUAUUGACGGCCAAAAACGCCGCCAAGGACGCAAUCAGAGCGGCCAGGGUGGAGCCUGACGAUAAGGCGAAGGCGCUCGCAGCCAGGGCGGCGGAGCAAGCACUGGCGGCGGCGGAGAAGGCGGCGGCGGCGGAGGCAUUGGCGACAAUGCCGGCGGCGCUGCCGGAGGUGACGGUGGCGGGCGCCGCACAGGUGGCGGCGAUGCUGCUGUUCCUUGGGGAAACGAUUUGCAGACCCUACGGCUUCACCUUCUACCUGGAGCCAGCUGACAGCAGUAGCAGCAGUGCCGCCGGCAACGCCGCCGGAAGCAGCAGCGGCGCGCUGCGGUUCUGGGGCUUUAAAACGCGGCGUGUGCCUGUUCAGAUUAAGAAGGACACCUGGAUGCCUGGCACGCUGUUGUGGGACCGGAUCAAGGCCCAUGAGAUUCUCAUUCGCUCCGAGGCCAUGAAGCCCGCCGACUUCCUACGCUCUGUACGGCAACAGCUGGUCAAGAAGCAGCAGGGCGCGGUGCGGGUGAUCGCCUACGGCAUGACCGGCAUUGCACACGCCAUGCAGCUUUGUGCCAAGGUACGUGCCGACGUGCAGAAGGAGGGCAAGCUCGACGUCCUCGUCGCCAUCGUACAGUACAACGUCGAGGGAGAUGCGCAGCAGCGGCCAGAAAAAGGACCGGCCGGAGGCAACAGCAACAGCUCCGACGGCCAGGCCAGCGUCGACGCUGGCAACCGCUGCAUAACAGCGGCGGCGGAGCUGAUCAGAGCUGCGCACGCCAGCCAUAAUGCUUUUGGUUCACUGACUCAGGUGGCGGAGGGCCGCGAAGGAAUGUGGUCGCACGCACGCGCGUGGGAUGCCGUGGGUGGCUCGAUGCUGAACAACGCCAAGGAACAGCGCACAAAAACAGAGGCGCGGCUGCAGGAGUUCAUCAGCGCGAUUGGCAGCGACACAGGCGCACUGGAGCGCUUUUCCAUGGAGCUGCUGCUUCUGGAGGCCCCGCUAGGGGCGGGGCCGGGGGCGGGGGCGGGGUCGAAGGCGAAGUCAGCUGCGUCAGCGGCACCGGCGCUCCCGCGGUGGGAGGUGCUGCAGACACCGUCUAGCUCGUUGCAAAAGAAGGGGGACAAGAAGAAGAAGCCGCGAUGAACGUCACGAUAGCCACACGCGGUCGCUGCAUUCGCCUUUUUAGCGCUUUCCGCACUCAGGGGCGACUUGGCUGGGGCCCUGUGCAGUAUGAUCCAGGCGGAUGCUCAAACAACAACCAGGCCACAACGCGGAGCAGGAUGUCCAACCCGACGAGAUAGUACUGUACGUGAGGGAGCCGGAAAUGUUGGCAAUUGAAUGUCCGAGCUGGUAAUCUUGAGAAUGCGCGGGUUGGCAAGUGGCGGGAUGAGCGUGUGUGUGUAUGUGUGUGUGCUUGUGCCGGGCAAGCGGUGUGCGUACGGGCGCUUGUGCGCGGGUACUGUACUGGGGCUGGCAGCUGUUGGGGCUGGUAGCUGCCGAACCGUGUGGGUCAUGGGUUUCAGUCUUGCACUAGCAGGGAGUGGUCAGGGCUGUGGCUGCGGCCUGAUGCUGGUUCCAUAG